ACCCACACCCACACCCCUGUUAUAUUUUUUUUUUGAAAAUAUGAUCCUGUGAUGACGAUAUAUUUAAAAUAAGGACUACAACUAUUUUUAUUCCGGGCAUACAUAAUCAAAGAAAUACACAAGUAGAAAUCAUAAUAUUUUCGAAGCUAUCCACUUUUUUGAAGAAAAAAUUAGGCUUAACUUGCUCAAAUUGAAAUGUCGAGGAAAGAACUCGUUAAAUAUUUCAUUUUUUUCUGCGACUAAUAAAAAAAUAAUUUAAAGAAAAGAGUAUUGGAGAAAUUGCUGUUACCUUCUCAUUUAUCGAUGUCUUUUCAGAUGUAGUCACAAAAUUCAUCAUCAAAUUAAGUGAUUCUUGAUAAAACUAUAUGAGAAAGUUUUCAAAAGUGUCUUUCCAUCAGAACGAAUAUAGCAAGUGUCAUAUUUGGAAAAUCGUCACGUAUCUUCAAUACUUUUCGUUUCUUUUUGUUUCAUACAAGUAAUAUUUUGAUGUAUUUUUUAAAUAUCGAUUAACAUACAUUUUUUACUAAACAAGAAUGAGUUUUUAUUUACUAAGAACAUCAUUAUCCUAUAUAAAGAAAUCUGUAUACUAAGUUCAGAUAUAUUUUCAACGAAUUCUGAAUUUUGUCACCCUAAAGCCAUCUUUUCCAUGCGGCAUUAUUCCUUUUCGAAUAAAAUUUAUGAAAUAUUUGAGAUGACCGAAUUCGAUUAAGAUCUAUGGAAUUAUUAAAUCAUAAAUAUAAGAAUCCAUUGAAGAUUGAUAUAAUCUUGUUCAUAUGUUUUUAUUGAAUAUAAAUGGAGUCAUAUUUGAGAUAGUUGAACGAGAUUCGAUUCAAAUCCUAAAGGCAGCAUAUAGAGUAAAACAUUUAAAACUCAUAUGAAUUCAUUGUAGAUUCAGAUUAUUUGGGAUAUGCACAUAAUCAAUCACACAAUUCACGUAAUUUUCUUCUAAGAAAAAUGGCAACAGUAAAUGAAUCAACUUUAUGUUCAAUCUGCAAUAAACCUUCAGCUAAAUCAUUUUGCACCGGAUGUAAAAAAUACUUUUGCCGGAAGGAUUUCAAAGAACAUGAACAACAACUAUCGAUAAAAUUUGAUAAUGAAAUAGUGAGAUCACAUGAUGAACUUCUUGAUCAAAUCCAAAAGUUAGAAAAAUCAAAUUAUUUGUCAUCGGAUCUUUUUGAUCAAAUUGAACAGUGGAAAAACACGAUGAUCAACAAAGUUGAAAAAGCAGCAGAAAAAGCUCGUGAUGAAUUUAUCAAAUUAAUCGAUGAGCAACGAAUAACAAUAACAAAACAACUUGAACCAAUCACAAAAGAAAUUCGUUGUCUUCGAGAAGAAGAAAAUUUUGUUGAAUAUGAUAUUGAUCGACUUACACAAAAAAUCAAUGAAAUACAGCACAAACUUGAACAAUUUAUUCGAAAAGAUAUAAAUAAGACGAUUAUUGUUGAUAAUGAUCAAAUUGAUUGGAAUCGACUUAUCUACAUUCGAGGAAUCCGAGAAGAACAACAAAACUGUAAGUAUAUUGAAUAG